UCCUUGCCCCGCCAGAUCCAGAGAGCCCAGAAGUACCAUGGCUUCCGACCUCGAGAGCAGCCUCACCUCCAUAGACUGGCUCCCCCAGCUCACCCUGCGGGCCACCAUCGAGAAGCUGGGCAGCGCCUCACAGGCAGGGCCUCCGGGGGGAAACCGCAAGUGCUCCCCAGGCUCACCGACGGACCCCAAUGCCACCCUGAGCAAAGACGAGGCCGCCGUCCAUCAGGAUGGCAAACCACGAUACAGCUAUGCCACCCUCAUCACCUACGCCAUCAACUCGUCCCCAGCCAAGAAGAUGACCCUGAGCGAGAUCUACCGCUGGAUCUGCGACAACUUCCCCUACUACAAGAACGCGGGCAUCGGCUGGAAGAACUCCAUUCGGCACAACCUUUCUCUGAACAAGUGUUUCCGGAAGGUGCCCAGACCUCGGGAUGACCCUGGGAAGGGCUCUUACUGGACGAUCGACACUUGCCCUGACAUUUCCCGGAAGAGGAGACACCCUCCAGAUGAUGACCUCUCCCAAGACUCCCCAGAACAGGAGGCCAGCAAGAGCCCGCGGGGAGGCGUCCCGGGGGGUGGAGAAGCCUCACUGCCUCCCGAGGGGACCCCUCCGGUGCCGCUUCAGAGCCCCGCAUCCAUGGCCAGCUAUGGCCAGGGCACAGGGGCUGUGGACAGCGGGGCAGUGGCUGCAGGGGCUCCGGGGCGAGACAGCACUGAGGGUCCCCCUCCCCUGUACAGCACCAACCAUGACUUCAAAUUCUCCUACUCGGAGAUCAACUUCCAGGACCUGAGCUGGUCCUUCCGCAACCUCUACAAGUCCAUGCUGGAGAAAUCCUCCUCACAGCACGGCUUCUCCUCUCUCCUGGGCGACAUGCCACCCUCAAACAACUACUACAUGUACCAGCAGCAGCCGCCGCCACCUCAGCAGCAGCCGCAGCCGCAGCAGCCGUCGCAGCAGCAGCCCCCGCCUCAGCAGCCACCUGGCCAGGCGCCCAUCAACAGUCCUGGCUUCGCCUUUCCUCCUGACUGGUGCUCCAAUAUCGACUCCUUAAAGGAGAGCUUCAAGAUGGUGAAUCGGCUCAACUGGUCCAGCAUCGAACAGUCACAGUUCUCAGAGCUGAUGGAGAGUCUGCGACAGGCCGAGCAGAAGAACUGGACCCUCGACCAGCAUCACAUCGCCAACCUGUGUGACUCCCUCAACCACUUCCUCACUCAGACGGGUCACAUCCCCCCACAAGGCUCCUCCCACCGGCCUCCAGCCCCCACCCGCAUCUCGGACUCCUGUGCCCUCACCAGUGGCAAGCAGGAGCCAGCCAUGAGCCAAGUGAACUCCUAUGGGCACCAACAAGCCUCCCACCUCUACCCUGGACCCUCACCAAUGUACCCCAUCCCCACCCAGGACUCAACAGCAUACAAUCGCCCAGCCCACCACAUGGUCCCCCGGCCACCGGUCCCGCCUCCGGGUGCCAGUGAGGAGAUUCCCGAUGACUUCGACUGGGACUUGAUCACUUAAUGCGUCACAGCGUGGACAUCAGCCAGGGCCUGGUGACGAAGUCUGGCCGGGAAGAGAGUGGCCCUGCCCGCCCUCCGCCUGUACAUAGAUAUAUAUCCUCUCUGUUUUCUCUCCAUCAGAGAAGCCACUGCAAGAUGCUGCGAAGAUAACUCCCCCUUUCCUGCCUCAUUCUUCUCUCGUCCUUUCUGUUUUUCCCUCAUUCUUUUAUUAUUAUUCUAAUUAUAUUAUUGUUGUUAUUGUUAUUACUGGUUAUAUCCUCCAUCUCCUGUCCCUACACCAUGGACCGAGUCUACGCCUUGCUGAUUUAACAUCAUCAGGUCAGAAGGCCAGGGCGUGAUAGCUAUAGAGAAAGGUUGCAGUUCCAGUUCAGCUUUCUCUUUGAGGAACUCACUGCUGACCCCACCUUUUAGUGCUAAGUUGUUUUCUGUUCCUGUCUGUUUCAGGCCAGGACUGGAAAGGUCACGUUAUCAAGUAGAAGGGAUCUAAAACUUUGCAGAUUUUACUCAAUGGUGCUAAUUCUGCCCUCUGAGCUGUCUCCUUGUCCUUUUGUACCUUCCUUCCUUACUUCUUCCGACAAUCCUCACUCCCAUGGAGGGUGACAGUAAGAUCCUAGUGGGAUUGCAGCCUGGAUGGGGUGAGAAGCUUGCACAGAAGUGAUGGAAAGGAAGUCAGGGUGAGGUUGGGUGUGCACUGCUGCAUCAUGGGGCGUCCAUUGGCUCCUCCCACCCCAUUCGCUAAGGAGCAUGGGUUGGUCUUUGCUGCAGCUCUGCUUCUGUCGUAGCCCAAGUGCACAAUAUUCACCAUCAGCUCAGCUUCUUGGCGAUGGCUUCAUUUUAACCAUUUUGACUUUUAAAAAAGAAUCCCCUGAAAACUUAACUGCAGCUCUUACUUGGAUUUACAAGUCGUCAUCCUCUGCCUUUCCCCAUCCAGCAUAUUUUAUUUUGUCCUUCUCUAGUUGGCUGCCCAGAGCUACUCAUCUUGUUUUCUUCCUCCAUUUCCUGGGAUUUUCAAGAAAGAGAAAGUGAGCCAUGGUCACUGAGGGUUUCGUCCUGGCCCUGAUGUGGUGGGGGAAUCUCUUCCCACCAGACAGCGGAAUGCAGCUAUGUUAGGGAUGGGAGGAGGGGAAUGAGCUGGCGUGGACCAUGGGUUUCGUGUAUGUCACUGGAUAGCAGAUGCUGCUCUUGAAAUCCAGACUGUGUGGCUUGAAGCUUUUGAGGGGUGCGGGAAAUUGGGUAAAGGGGGCAGAUGACAUCAGAUGGGGUUGGUGAGGGCCCAGGGGCUCCCAGAAGAGGGCGUGAAGGCGAGUCCUCCAGCAAGCGAUUCAUUGCUGUAAAUUCCUAGUGUACAUUGAAUAUUCACUGUUGAAUUUGGGUUAGGAGAGGGAAGAACAAUUUUACAUCCGUUUUUAUUUGACUAAAUUUUCCCUUUCUACAAACUGCAGGACAAAAUGUGUGGCAUGAACAAGACUCUGUAAUGUCUUCUUUUCUUCAUCCUUUGAUUUCUUUGCGAUCUCCAGGCUGUCGUCAGGCUUUCUUCUCCCUUGUUGUCGCCUCUGCUUUCUUGGAAGGGGUUCUGCGCGAGUUUGUGCAGCUGAAGUAAGGGGCGAGCAGGACAGCUAACUAAAGAGCACUUUAUUUCUUUGAAGCCUUUGUGAGAAAGAUGGGAAGGGGUGUGUGUGUGUGGGUGGCUUUGAGUCUCCAUGUGUUGAGGGCACUUUGUGAAGUGCGACACAGUGUUUCCCACUGGGGAGGGGAGCUUUUCUAGGGGAGGCAGCAAAACAUCCGGUUAGGCAGCUCUCCUUACUGCCACAUUCAGGGUGCAUCCUGCACCUUCCUUUCCGUCUUCCUGGGAUUCCCGCUUUACAGAUGAACGCUCCCCUUUUCUAAACCCCCUUCCUACUGAGGCCCACGCAGGGUAGGCAGGGUAGGUGACGUCUUACACACAGGUCGCCCUCGUGCCGCCAUCUCGUGAAGGGCUCUGGUGGCCGCCAGAGUAGCUGACGCUGGGGGCUGGACCUGGAGACUGCUCUUCGGGCCCCCUGAGCUUGCAGGCCCUCUUGCCCACCUCAGCCUUGCUAACGCUGCAGGACAAACCUGACUUCUGUGGGCCUCGGUUUCCCCUCCCCUACAUGAGGUGGAAAGAAUACUCCUUUUUCUUGUUGGUCCAGCGUUGCUGGACACGGAGCCUCGUCAUUGUGGUUGUGUUGGGUGAUGUGUGUGGAAUUGCAGGAGCUCACUGCUUAUAGGAGGAAAUGAGGGCAAAAGUGAGAGGGAUAAAGGAGCAGUAACUUGGUAUCGACCCAUCCAUCCCAGGCUUCCUCUCCUUAAGCCCACGUUUCUGGUUUGGUGAGUCCUUCAUGCCACCCAUAAUGCUUUGCAUUGGUGGAAGCUGGGAAGGGGAUGUGGUCUCAUGGUUGUGUUGUUUUUGGUUUUUUUGUUUUUUUUUUUUUUUGCAUGCUUUCCUAA